UAGUAUUGGUUUUUGCUCGUUUGUGUAUCAUUGUCCACGUGUUAAUGAAUUUGACCAAGAUUGCGUCAGAUUUUUACCCGGCAUCAAUAAUUAUAAUAAUAAUAAUCCAAUAAACAAGACAAAUAAAAAUGUCUGGUCAUCUAAAAGUACAGAAUCUAGAUACUCUUGAAACGAGUAAAUUAACACCACUCACACCUGAAGUGAUAUCCAGACAGGCGACUAUCAACAUUGGUACAAUCGGUCAUGUAGCUCAUGGUAAAUCUACAGUUGUCAAAGCGAUAUCGGGUGUUCAAACUGUUCGUUUCAAAAAUGAAUUAGAACGUAAUAUUACUAUCAAAUUAGGCUAUGCCAAUGCUAAAAUAUUCAAAUGUGACAAUUGUCCUCGACCCGAAUGUUAUAUGUCAGCUUCGAGUAACAAAGAAGAUGAAUUCAAAUGUGAAAGGCCCGAUUGUAAUGGUAAAUAUCGUUUAUUGCGUCAUGUUUCAUUUGUCGAUUGUCCCGGUCACGACAUUCUUAUGGCUACCAUGUUGAACGGUGCUGCAGUUAUGGAUGCAGCAUUAGUAUUGAUUGCUGCCAAUGAAUCAUGUCCGCAACCACAAACUUCGGAACAUUUAGCCGCUGUCGAAAUUAUGCGACUUAAACAUCUGAUCAUUUUGCAGAACAAAAUCGAUUUGGUUAAAGAAGCUCAGGCUAAAGCACAAGAAGAAGAAAUUCGUAAAUUUAUUCAAGGAACAGUGGCCGAAGGUUGCCCAAUUAUACCGAUCAGUGCUCAGCUCAAAUAUAAUAUCCAUGUGCUUUGCGAAUAUAUAACCAAAAGAAUUCCCAUACCUGAUCGUGAUUUUGUAUCGCCACCAAGGCUCAUCAUAAUUCGAUCUUUCGAUGUAAACAAACCUGGAAGUGAAGUAGAAGAUAUAAAAGGUGGUGUUGCAGGCGGUUCAAUACUUAAAGGUGUACUAACCGUAGGCAUGGAAAUCGAAGUUCGUCCUGGUAUCAUUGACAAAGGAGAAAAUCAACAAAUUCAAUGCUAUCCGAUUCGAUCGAAAAUUGUUUCGUUGUAUGCUGAUCAAAAUGAUUUACAAUAUGCCGUACCAGGUGGUUUGAUUGGUGUUGGAACGAAAAUCGAUCCAAUGUUAACACGUGGUGAUCGUAUGGUUGGCCAAGUUCUCGGUGCAGUUGGUACAUUGCCCGAUAUCUAUGUUGAAAUCGAAAUUACCUGUUAUUUGUUACGACGAUUAUUGGGCGUUCGAACCGAAGGCGAUAAGAAAGGUGCUAAAGUACAGAAAUUGACCAAAAAUGAAGUUCUUAUGUUGAACAUUGGUUCAUUAUCGACCGGCGGUAAAGUGGUUGCCAUCAAAGGAGAUAUGGCCAAAAUAUCAUUAUUUACACCAGUUUGUAUUGAAAUUGGUGAAAAAAUUGCAUUAAGUCGUCGUGUUGAUCGUCAUUGGCGAUUAAUUGGUUGGGCAAAAAUUCUACGCGGUCAAACGACUACUCCAUUAGAACGAUAAGGAAUUAUCAUUUUGUAGCGAUUUUUCAAUUAUCUCUACUUUUUUUUCAAUGAAAUCUUUUAAUCCACAUUCAUUUAUUUCAAAAUGUGAAACAAAAAACAUAUAU